AGGAUGGAUGCUCCUCUAUCAGACGAGGAUGCAAUUCAUUUAAUUUCUCCGUCCAACGAAGCACGCCUAAAAACAUGAAAAAAUAAAUCACGAAAAAAUGUCAGGUCUUUUUGCAUAUAUGCAAAGACUGUGGGCCUUUAACUCUGAACAAUAAAUCAUAUCUCAGGGCACGAGAUGGCGCACCAUCAGAAUACCACAGAGUCGGACGAGGAGGAAUUGAUAAUAAAACCGUUGAAAACCAAACUGGAUAUUUUUUGGUUUUUGGUGCCACUAGUGUCGGCACUGAGUGUGGCUAGUGUUAUAGUGUCGGUCAGUACGAAUGGCUGGUUACAUACGAUGGAACGUAUGCCGAAUCCUGACUAUAAUGGAACUGGCGAGAAGGAGUAUUUGUUCAAAAAGACUGUUUCCGGACUAUGGAAGUACUGCUAUACUAAUCCUGGUGAAAAUCAGUAUUUCUGCAAAAGAAUCGACUAUUUUGCUCAAGAAGACUACAGUCCUGAUCUCGAAGACUCAACACUAGUUAUUCCAUAUGUCGUUUCAAAAUCUGCCAUAUUUUUCCUACUGGCCAAUUGUAUGAUGAUGGCAGCUUUUGUGUGCUGCAUUUUGGGCCAGUGCGUCAGAUACAGAGGAAUACACACGUUUAUAUCCGGUUUACUUUUCAUAUUUACAGGGUUAUUAAUGCUCCUAGGAUUAAUAGUUUAUAUAUCGGUGUUCAAAUCGGAAGUAGGUAGCAAACUAAGGCCCCAAUCCCAAAUAAGGCCGCCACUGUUCGAGUACGAGUACGGGUACUCGUUGCUUUUGUACAUUGUCGCACUGUUUUCCACGAAACUGUCUGGGGUCGGCUGUGUUUUUCUAUUUAUGUACAGGGUUCAAUAUCAUUGGAAAAGAAAAGAAUACGACGAACUGAGAAAAGGUAAUAGGCCGCAUUCGAUAGCCAAUUUACAAAGGAUAAUGGAUAGUAGUACGCCGGUGGCGGUGGAGUAUCCUUGCAGGAGGCAUCCGUACUACUAUAUUAAUUCGAAUAGUACUAUGACUUUUCCAAAAAGUCCAGCUAGAAAUAGAUAUCCACCACCUCCUAAAGAAGCAUCCCACCACCACGAGUCGCCGUGCACCUUGCACCGAUCUCGUUUCCACCAAUCGACGCCCUCCCUCAAAGACGUCUCGACGUCCUUCUACAAUUUUCCACCGCCUCCUACGAUAUCUUACCAGUUCGACGAGCAUUUCAGCAACAGGGCGCCGUUGUCCCGUGACGUCACCGUCAACACGGUGUCGACGACGGCGGACGUUAAUUUGGACGAUUUGCCGGAACCGUACUUCGACGAGUACUCGCCGAAUUUGCAACACGAGUUCGUCGCGUUCGAUUUGGACGAACCUUUGCCGAUUCGGGCGCAAAGUAUUGUCAGUAUAAGUUCGCGCGGUGGAAAUUCGAGGAAGAAUUACGAGAAUGAUACUAUGAGAAGGACUACACCUGUGUAGAAUUUGUGCUAGUAUACCUUUGUUAAUUUUUGAGUUAGAAAUCGAACUUUUUUUCAAAUAAGUAGGUAAAGUCCGUCGAUUUUAAUCUGAUACUCCAAAGGAAUGUGACAUGUUUUUGCCAUAUGCUUCACCCUCUCGCUCCUCAUACGGAAAGUGUCAGAUUAAAAACGACGGACAAUAGCUGAAAGAAGAAGAAACCCAGUGCCAAUUUGUUUAUAUAAAACCAUUGAAAUAAUUAUGUAUAUUGUAUAUUGUUUAUCUAUAUUGAAAAAAAAAUGUUCUACAUAUCCUAAACGUUUAAAUUCAGUUGAUAAUAGGCGAAUUUUAUAUUUUUAUACACAUGUAGCACCAGAGCAGAUCAUGAUAAACUUCAUCAAUCGGUGUUGAAAGCCUAUAUUCCACACUCAAGUAGAUAUUUAUGUUGAUUUUAUAUGAAAGCUGAGGCCCGGUUUAUUCAUCUUCAGAUAAACUUGCUGGUAACUAUCUGCAAGAUAAAUUUGUUCUCCGUGACACAGGAUAGCCUAUCCUCAUAAGGCCUGUAUUAUAUUUCAAAUCUCAAGCCCCUCAUCACACCAAAGUACCAAUGAUGACGUAGCAGCGUUGUUAGUAGUUGCGAUUCUCGCCUUGACAUAGAGCUUUUGCACCACAUGCUAUGAUUCCGCUUGCAUUUGCUUCAUGCAUACUUGGUUUCAGUACAUUACCGAACUAAUAUUCUUUAUAAAACAACCCUUUUUUUAGAUCUCGUUUGCUUAUUAUGUUUAAUCAAAAUUAAAUAAUAUUUUUUCAACAUAUUAUGUAAAUGUAUAUUCUAAACUGCGACCGCUGGUGCAAACAGCUAACCACAAAGUUGAUGACGUCAGCAACGGUGCCACACCAUAUGACCUUGAUUCCAAAAAUCAAGGCUGAUGAGCAAUCCUGUAGUAGUGUGUAAUAUCCUUCGAAUAAACCGGUCCCAAGAAAUCUGAACCUAAACUCGAUCGUUGUUAUCUAAAUAAAAUUUUAAAUGAAAGUAUAAUAGUGAAAUGAUUGUUAAAUAGAAUAAAAAUUGAAAAAAACACAUUAAAAUGUCGCGUCGCGUGUAGAUAUAUUAUAUUUAUGAAUGAUGACGUUUUUAUUUCCAUGUUAUUAUUAUAAUGAAACUAUAUUCUAAAUAAAACUUAUACGGAAUUUGGAA